UUCCAGACAGGGACGCGGCCUCAGAGGAGUCAGCGCCAGCCUCAAAGCCAUGUCUUUAGACAACAGCAAAGUUCUCCUCACGCCGCGGCUCGCCAGGCGACUGGCCGCUAUUGCCUCGACAACCUCAACUUCCGGGGAGUCACGCAGUCCUUCAGAGUCUCCGUCCAAAGAGCCCCUGGGCAGGGAGGUCACGCGGCUGGAGAAGGACCGGGAUCGGGAUCGGGAGAACCUCCAGGUGCCGCCUGAGCAGGUCCUGCCCGUCUGCACGCCUCCGUCUCGUUCACCCAGUAUCAGUGCCUCUUCAUCGUCAUCGUCGUCGUCGUCGCCCGCUAUUGAACCGGCCAGCGAGCUGCGCAAGGAGCCCAUGAACAUCUACAACCUCAACGCCAUCGUCAGAGACCAGGUGAGGCACCUGCAGCGGGCGGUGGACCAGUCUCUGCAGCUGUCCAGGCAGAGAGCUGCAGCCAGGGAGCUGGCCCCGUUGCUGGACAAGGACAAGGAGAGCUGCAUGGAGGAGAUCCUGAAGCUCAAGUCUUUGCUGAGCACCAAGAGGGAGCAGAUCGCUACACUCAGGCUGGUCCUCAAGGCCAACAAGCAGGUGACGUGGACUCACUGACACACAUGACACAACAUCACACCCCCCCUACUGGCCAUGUCCAGGAAGACCGCUAUGACAUGAGUCCUCAGUAACAAAGGUGUCAAUAAGUAGAUC